AUGACGCGAGCCAUUCUACUUCUUAUUUUUAGUGCUGUUGUCACUGUUACCGCCGGCGGAAUGGUUGGAGGAUUCACUGAUCAAAAUGCUUCGAAGCCGGAGUACACAGUGAGUCACCUUCCAUCUGAAUUCGCCCAUUCAACCAGAAUUUCCUUAAGGAGCAAGCUUGGAAGGCUGUAAAGGGAAUCAACGACCAGGCGUCAAACAACGGACCAUACUACUACGUGCCAAUCAAGGUUUGUGUUUAUUCUCCGUGAAAAAAAUGUGUAAAAAAUCGAUAAGCUAGUGCCCUUUCGGAGUGAUAGUAGUUGGAGCAGCAGUGGUCGAAGUGCUCGUGACGUCGUGGUUGUUGAGCACAAUGAUAAGAAUCGAGCCGGCCAGAAGAGCUGCCCAAAUCGACCAAAACAGUGCGAUUGCUCCGUAUCUAAACACUGGGGAAACGAUAUGAAAUUGAGUAUUUUCCUAUUCACCUCAUAAUACGCCAUUUCGACUCAUUUCUUUUCACAUCCAACUCUUCGAGAGAGUAUCCGAUUUGCGGAACUACAUCUACAAUCUGAAAUUUCUCUUUGUAAAUUUUGAGAAUCAUAAGUUGAAAUACUUUGCGCUGUCUAGCAGAAUCCUCAGAAUAGUCUGAAGACGUGCAGUUCGACGUCAUCGUGGCUGUCAUUCUUCUUCCAAAAAAAUUAAAAUAAAAGAGCGCCAGAAAAGAGGUAAAAUGAAAAGAUAGGGGCUGCGACUGAGGGACAAGAUAAGGAGAAAAGCAAACAAAUCAAAACGAAACAUGCAUUGGAGAAUGGAAUGACGAACUUGUUGGGGGAUUACCGGUGGUAUUGUGCGAUUUGCCAACGUGAACUUGUUCCGUAUUCCUUUCAUCGUUUUUCAGGUUGUCAAGGCCCAGACCCAAGUUGUCGCUGGACUCAACACCAAGCUGCAAGUGCUCGUCGGCGAGUCGUCCUGCAAGAAGGGAGACCUUCAGGCCCAUGAAAUAACCGCUUCGAACUGUCAGAUCAAAGAGGGCGGCACCCGUGCUCUCUACCAAGUCUCCAUCUGGGAGAAGCCGUGGGAGAACUUCGAGCAAUUCACCGUCGAGAAAAUCCGUGAUGUGUCUGCCGAUGAGCAGGUCUAA